AUGGAUCAAAGCGGAUUUGUGAAAGAUGAUAAUAGUACCACAAUCCAGAUCUUGCCGUCGCCGAAAAAGAAGCCUUGGAUCAGCUAUAUCGCGGCUGGCUGCACUAUUGGAACCACGAAUCUCAAGCGGACUUUCACAACGGCAUGGCUGGUGCACGCCGUUUCUACAACUUCCCUGAAAUGCUCAGCUAUGAUAUGUUCGGAAACACGAUCCGUGGCGAAUUUAAAAAAACAUUUUGAAUCCAUCUUCCCUUACUGGAACGACGGCCAGAUGGAAUUCAAAGACCUAGAGAUCACUGCUCUCUCCCGCGACUACACUUACUCUACUAUGAUCCAGCAUACCUGGGGCACGGCCGGUGGCACGCCAUUUGACACUGCAUUUCGGCGCACUGGGAUUGCGCAUCGCAGCCCUGAGGAUGGGAAAUGGAGAUGGAUCCACGAGCAUCUGUCGUUUCCCGUGGAUAUGAAGACCCAAAAGGGUGAUUUCACGGCAUCUUUGGACCCCGGGGAGGGGUUUAAACUCCAGUAG